UACAACGACACACGCCUCUAUCCGCGUCCCGCUGCCGUACGAUCGCGCGCCCAGCCCCUCCCGAACGCAUUCAGCUCACGACGAGCGCCCGCCGGCCCCCGAUAGGCUCCCACCGCUCCUCGCGCACGAAGCUACGCACACACGAUGGCACAGCGCAAGCUCCAGCAGGAGAUCGACAAGUGCUUCAAGAAGGUCGCCGAGGGUGUCGCGACCUUUGAGAGCAUCCACGAGAAGAUCCAGGUGUGCACCAACCAGUCGCAGAAGGAGAAGCUCGAGGACUCGCUCAAGAAGGAGAUCAAGAAGCUGCAGCGGUCGCGCGACCAGAUCAAGACAUGGGCAACCAUGAGCGACAUCAAGGACAAGAAGCCGCUGCUCGACCAGCGGAAGCUGAUAGAGACGCAAAUGGAGAAGUUCAAGGCUGUCGAGAAAGAAAUGAAGACCAAGGCAUAUUCCAAGGAAGGCCUCCAAUUAGCAUCGAAACUGGAUCCAAAGGACAAGGAGAAGUUAGAGGUCGUCGAAAUGCUGCAGCACAUGAACGAAGAGCUGGACCAGCAGGUGGAGAAGAUAGAAGCCGAGGUGGAGAUCAUGCAGGCCUCAACCAAGAAGGGCAAGAAGGGCGUCACAAACGCGGAGCGGAUAUCAGAGCUCGAGGAGACGGUCGAACGACAUAAGUGGCACAUGGGCAAGCUGGAAUUGCUGCAACGCGCGCUGCAGAAUGGCAAUGUCGAAACGGAGCAGGUCAAGGAGAUUGAAGAGGGCAUAAAGUACUACGUGGAGAGUAAUCAGGAGCCGGAUUUCAUGGAGGACGACACAAUAUACGACGAGUUCAACCUGGAUGAAGAGGAGGCAGCGUACGGACUGGCCCAGGAUGUGGACCGCGUGUCCUCACAAGACACGCAGUCGAUACAGGACGAAGCAGAACCCGAGUCGCGAUCCGCUAGCAUUCCAAAAGUGAAGCCAGUCGAGACGGUGCAGAGUGGGGCAAGACGGUCGUCAACACAGCUCAAAUCUCCCCUUCCAGCUUUGGCAACGCUGCAUACGCCUUUGCCUGGUGUCUCGAACGCAGCAUCCAGUUCCAUGAAACCUGCCCCGCUCCCAGCCCGAACACCGGGAGAGCCUCUCAAAUAUGCCUCGGCGGCCGCGGCUGCAGCCGCGAGCGAUAAGAAUGGGGUCGGUAUUGCGCCGCUGCCACCACCACCCGGCUCAGCUGCGGCGCAGGCUGGUCUCGCUCCUAGUGGCGCACGGGCAAGCGCGACAACAUCGCCUGCUCCUUCGCAUCCUCAAUUGGCAUCACAACCUCCCGCUGGAGCACCAGAGACUGCUCCGCAAGCUCCGCCGACAAAAUCUCCGACAGGAACCCCGGCCUCAGCUGUCCGGGAGAAAGACACGCUGUCACGUGCGCAGUCGUCCGACAGCAGGAAGACACCAGCGCCUGAGCAAGAAGAGGAAAUACAGUCAGCGACACCCCCCUUGACGAAUGGAGAGUCGCAUGCCGACGAGGAAGAAGAGGAGUCGAUCUUCCAUCUCCCGUCAACCUUGCAGGAUCUCUUCGAGUCGUUGGAGGCCACUAAGAACGACAUCAACGCCUCGUCAUCAAAACCUCCGGAUGAGCGAAUGCUCGCUGCAAGCAUGGCCACGGCCCCAGAUUCAGCGGAUACAGAAGCGCCACGCCACUACCGCCCACAGAAUCCGUACCCAUACACACCUGCACAUUACCCACAGGAGCCGUUGGCGAUAUUCGAUGACCCACGGCUAUACUCCCGCAUAGAGACUGAUGCUUUGUUCUAUGCCUUCUACUACCGCCAGGGCACCUAUCAGCAGUACCUUGCGGCAAAAGCACUAAAGUCUCAGAGCUGGCGGUUCCAUAAGCAGUACCAGACGUGGUUCCAGCGCCAUGAGGAACCCAAGGCUAUAACCGAAGAUUACGAGCAGGGGACGUAUAGGUUCUUCGACUAUGAGAGCACGUGGAUGAACCGAAGGAAAGCAGAUUUCCGCUUCGCCUACAAGUUUCUCGAAGACGAAUUGUGAACGGGCCAUCCACGACGCCAGCGUCCUCCUGCGCGGCUAACGGUAUUGCGGUUGUAUGAAUUAUUAGGUAGUUGUCAAUGGUACCCAAAGGGUAUUUCUCGAGCCAGAC